CUUCCGUUUGGAAACAAAUACGACACAUUACAGUGCGACACCCUGAAACAACGUGACCUUCCACCCGAUAUGAAAAAUCUCGUACACUGACACACGUUGGAUCAUCAUUGCGUGGAUGUAUUCCGGUUGUGCCUUUCAAGAAAGGAUAACGUGAGGUGAUUCAUUUAAAAUGCUUCGACAUUUAUUCAGCAAAGGCUGUAAUGGAUUACGGAUUGGCUGUCAAGUAGGGACACCCAGGAGUCAAGUGCGCAGAUUCUUGCCUCUCACCUGCGAUGGAGUACAAUUAAUAUCCUGUCGCCGCCUCUGUUCGGGACAUCCUAAGGAGAAAGAUCUUAUCCAAACCAAAGAAGAUAAAUCUGAGCAAGCAGAACCACUAGAUUUGGACCAAUGGAAGGUGGUCAUGAGAUCCCAAGCUAAAUACCAGGAGCAAAAAGUUGAUGAUGGUUUGGAAGGAAGUAACGAUGGGAGUCUGGAUGAAAAUGGAGAUGAUUGUAAGAACAGUUCUUCCCUGGAGGCAACUCGUGAACUUGUGUCAAUGUGGCGACAAGCAGGUAAGCUUGUGCCUCAAGAAAUGACCGAAGACGAGCUUCAAACCUUGUCCGAGCUCACGACUAAGUCCUCCAGAAAGAAGUACCUAAAGUACCUGGCUAUCAGGGAGGGCUACAAACUGUCCCGCAAAGAAAAGCAGGCACAGAAGAGAGCAGAAAAAGAAGCAACAAUGAAAGAGAAUAGAGGCGGUGCAGAGGAAGGGUCUGAUCAGGAGAACAACCAAAUCCCAAACUCGCUUUUCCUCAAGUUUUGGGGACAUUCUUUUGACAGAGUGUUUGCUUGGCGAAGCGCCCAGGCCAUGCUGUUUGGCCAACCACUUGUGUUCGACUUCAGCUACGAGUCCAACAUGUCUCGGCGAGAGAUCGAGAACACUGUGUCCCAGCUGCUGGAGGUGGAAGGGUGGAAUCGGCGCGCCAUCGACCCUUUUCACCUCCACUUCUGCAACCUGCAGCCAGACGGACCUUACCACCAGGAGUUGAUCAAACGGUACAGUGCAGAAGUUUGGGAUCGCCUGCUCGUCACCAACACUGAACGCCACUAUGUGGAACUGUUCCCCAAAGAACAACUGGUCUAUCUCACUGCAGACUCCCCUAACGUUCUGCACUCCUUUGACCACUCCAAGAUCUACAUCAUCGGAGCCUUGGUGGACCGUUCCAUCCAGCCAGGGCUGUCCCUGGCCAACGCCAAGCGCCUAAAGCUGGCCACAGCACGCUUACCUCUGGAUGAGUUUCUUCACUGGGAAACUGGAGCCAAAAAUUUGACUCUGGACCAGAUGAUCCGUAUCAUGCUUUCUAUUAAGAUGACUGGGAAAUGGGAGGAAGCUUUAACGUUUGUGCCUGAGAGAAAGCACGAUGGUUUACACCAACAGCAGACAAAACCUUUGCGAACAAAUACGACAACCAGAGGUUUUACAAAUCAAGGAUGGAGAGAGCAUGCUGACAGGCCACUAAAGUUUAAAAAAACACACGAGAAAAGGACAUUUAUGAGCCCCGACCAGUCGAAAAGGGAGCCUGGUGGAGACAGAAUAGUUGGUGCUAAAGAAAAAUCCACAUCUGGAACUAGAGUACGGACAUCACUGAAAAGUAACCUGGAAAACAGGAAAGCUGCAGAUAGAAACAAGAUGUGGUGGGAUGAUGAUUGAUGUAAACAUGUUGGUCAACAAGAAUGUUUCAAUGCCUGUUUUUGUAAAAUGUUGGCAAAUAAAAGAUGGAAUUUGGUGUUUUGGAGUUCUGAUGCUGAGAAACUAACAGGUUUCAUUUAAAAAGUAGAAACUACCUUCAGCUUAUGUACACAAAUGUUCAAAAAUCUUUAUGGGGUUUGUGUCAGUGACAUAAGAUGCAUGAAAAAACAUCUGCACAACUGAAGAUUACUUUGUACAGCAUGUGUAACGUUAAAAAAAUGUUUUCCAAUUGACAAUCAUAGAUUGAGUGA